CGGCGACGCAAAGCCUCGAAUCGACUCCAACCUCACACCGAUUAACAGCAUCGCAAAAUCCGAGCAAGAAGAAAUACCCCGGAGAAUCCAACCCCCGCCCCACCCUUCCAAAAAAAAAUGUCAGACCCCGACCGCCCCAAAUCCGCCGUCCCCCCCAGCUCCGCCGACGGCGCCAAACCCACCAAAAAAGGCAAGAAGAAAACCGGCAAGAAAAAACUCCCGGCCAUCCCGCGCGACAUGGCGCUGAAUGCCAAGGGGGAGCUGGUGCCGAGUCGGGAAUAUGUGUUAGAGCAGACGUUGGAGGCGACGAGCAAGAGUCUGGAUUCGUAUCGGGAGCGGAUGACUGGGUUAGUGCAUACAAACGAAGACCUCCAAGAAGCCCGCGAGCAGCAGGAAAAAGAUGCGCUGGACGUCAUCUCCGCCCUCCACCGCGAGAACGAAAAACGCGAGCUGCGAAUCAAAGAAUUACGCGAGAAGAUGGAGGAGAGUGCGCGGUUGAGUGCGGAGGAGAGGGGGGAGUUGAUUGAGGAGUAUGAGAGGAAGAUAUCAGAUCUGUCGACGAUGAUGGCGGAGAAGGAGGCGGCGUAUAAUGUGAUGCAGCAGGAGUUUUCGACCAUUAAGGAUUUCCGGAAAAAACGGCACGACCUCAUCAAAGAGCUCGAGCAGCAGAAGAUCCUGUUGACGGAUACAGAGCGCCGACACGGCGAGACGGUGGCGCGGAUGGAGCGCAAGUUUUUUGAGGAGAAGAUUCGGCUGCAGAAGGAGGCUAAUCGGAAGAUUUCUGAGCUUGCUACCAAAGCCCACAAAGAAGCAGUAUCGAACCUAAAAGAAACCGAGAAAGAAGUCUUCCGCCAAAACAUGAGGAUGACGGAAGCGCUCCGGUACCACGUACAGGAAGGCGAGGAGCUCAAUAAAGCGAACGCGGAGCUAGUGCUGACGAACAAGCAGCUGCUGGAGGAGAAGAAUCUGCAUGAUGUGAUGGUCAAGGAGAAGAUUUUGCAGAAUAAGCAGCAGAGUAAAGAUAUAAAAGAACAACAACAAAAGAUCCAAAGCCUGGAACAUACCCUCUCGCACGUCGUCCGCGAGUUCGAGCGGGAACGAGAUAUCAUGGCGCAGCGGGCGCAGCGCGAGCUGCAGGAGGUGCGGACGAUCGCGGCGGGGUUGAAGGAGAGUUUGGAUCGCAAGUCGAAGGAGAUGAGACAUAUCAAGAGACUAGCACAACAUAUCCUCGACCAACGCACGGAUCUCGAACGGUUCUUCAUGGAUGCGCUCGACCACGUGCGGGGCGAGAUCGAGCAGGAGCAGGAGAACGCAAAGAAGGCUGUGCAGGCGGAAUACACACGGCGGAUGAAGGCCAUCCUAACAAGUAAAGGCAUCCCAACCCCACAACCCACCACCGACGCCAAAGCAGGCGCCCUGCCCGCCUCAAUCAUCAUGCCCUUACCCGCACCACCUUCACCAGCGGCCGACUCCGCACCCGCCCGCGUAGACCUCUCCGACCUUACAUGGGCCGACAAAGAACGCAUCAUGCGUCUCUUGUUUGCACGCAUGAAUGGUGUGUCGCUUGUCGGCAAGACCGGGGGGAAUUAUGCGGAUGCGCCGCCGCCUGCAUCGCUUCACACCAGUAAUGGGACUGGGGAGAGUCAUUCCGCGGCUGGUACGACCCAUCUCCCGGCACCAUCGCACCACCCAGCACACCACCAACACCAUCAAGCAGAGAACACGCAUCACAUCCCGCGAAACUUUAACACGGACUUGGACGACGACGAUGGGAGUGGGAAUGAUGCGGGCGAUGAGGAGGCGCUCAUGCCUGUGAUUGUUACUGAGGAGUUUGGGAAGGAGGGCGAGGCGGAAGAUGAGGGGGCGGUGGGGAUGGGGCUGGCUUUGCCGACUUUUGUCAUCAGUUAAGGUGGUCGUUUGGGUCCUAGUAAAAUGAUGACUCUCAUGACAUUUGCUAGAAGGAAAAAGACAUCGAUGUGAAGGUGAAGAGGAAUGUGGGAUGUUUUUCUUUUCAGUCUCGGUGGCGACAUCCGGUCAGAAUCGGACACACGAGUUGGCCGACUUCGAACGUUCAGCCUGUGCAUGCUCGCCUGCCCGGCUCCAGAUCCAGCUCGAGUGAUUUCCAGUUCGGCCGCCAGCAGAGGGACUAGGCUUCCCCACUGGCAGACCCUCCAGAUGCAGGCUGCGAGUGUACAUACAUAUACAGUAUAUAAGGGUGCUGCAACGUCUUUGUGCGU